AUGGCAUCUCCCACAGACAGGACAGAUCUGGAAGCAUCUUUGCUAAGUUUUGAAAAACUUGACCAUGCCCCACCAGACCUUUGGCCAGAACAAUUACCAGGUGUUGCUGAAUUCGCAGCUUCCUUUAAAAGUCCUAUUACUAGUUCUCCACCCAAAUGGAUGGCUGAAAUAGAAUGUGGUGACAUUGACAUGUUGAAAGAACUGGGGAGCCUCACCACAGCUAAUUUGAUGGAGAAGGUACAAGGCCUACAGAACUUGGCCUAUCAGCUGGGGCUGGAUGAGUAUUAUUCAUCUACUCUAGGGGUUGACAUUUACUUGACACCCUAA